AUGAUCCAAUCGCUGCAGGUAUAUCAAAUUCUUCUCAGUCUUAUACUGGUACUGGCCAAAAAAGACGACCUCGAUCUGCCAAUAUGUCCCCAGAAUGUACAAUUUCUUCCACAAGAGCUGCCGAUGCAUUGUAGAUUGCCAAGAAGUACUGACGCACAGGCGGGUCCAUUUCCCAUCUUUCAAAAUGCGGAGAAGCAACCCUUUCAGUUUCCACCACUUCCCUUUCCUGGUCUACCUGGUAUGAUACCUGGCAUGCCACCAGGCAUGUCACCACGAAUGCCACUUAAUCUUCCACAAGGUUUGCAACCAAAUUUCCCGCAAGGUUUGCCACCAGGUAUGCAACAAGGUUCACCUGAUCCCUCAACGGGAAUGUCAAAGGCUAUGCCAAUGCCGAUGCCAAUGCCUAUGGCAAUGCCGGGAAACUCACCCCAUAAAAUGCCUGUCAUAGUUAUGCCCUUCUACUCACAGGAUCGAAAACCAUUCAAAAAACCACCACACCACAGUAAGCAUUCAUCAAAAAGGCCACAUAAGAAGCGACCACAUUACCACGGCACAUCCGAAACAGAUAGUGACGAUGAUUCAGAUGAAACGUCUGAUUCAAAAGAAUCUCGUGAAGGAUGGUGGAAGCCGCCUAGGAAGGGCAAAGGAAGUAAAAAGUACGGAAUAUACAGACGUUCUAAUACCAGACACCACAAUAUAAAGAAAAAGAAAAAGGAAGUACUGACACCGAUUCUUCAGUACGUCACAAAAGACGGAUACGUUAUUUUUGAAAAAAGGAUAACUAAAAACGAAGCUAAUAACUGGCUAGAACCAAAAGAUCAAGCUAAGGCAAAGGACGAAAUAAAUUUUAAAAGAAGACUUGAAAAACAAAUACAGGACGACGUGGUUGAGCAAGAAGAAGAAGAAUUUAUUCCAGACGAAAUUAAAAAACCAAAAGAGAAAAAAGAAAAAAGCAAUGAAGUGAAAGAAGUAAACGAGGUUGAUGAAACGGAAGAACCAACCACAGAAAACCAUCCCAAAAGACAUAAAUUAAAAAAAUAUGGAUCUCUCCUUGAUGACGGUUCAUAA